CGACGACGCAGAAGUGAUCGGUAACAAGCGACAAGAAGAAAAGUUUAAAAUUGAAGGAAGGAAACACUAGGAAAUAAGAUUAGAUAGGAAUCUAGGAAUCGCAAUAAGGAAGACAGACUCAGUAUGAAGAUAAUGAAAUGGAUUACACUAUGGCUCAUGGUGAGCGAUAUCUGCAUCUCCCUCUUGCAAAUCAAGAAGGGAGCAAUCCUAAAAGAACAUGGUCAUGUCAAGAUGAUACACGACAUAGCGGUUGUAACCAUCAACAUUACAACAGUAGAAGAACAGCAACAAGAGCUUCAUAGUUUAAUGGCUAACAUUGAAAGUCUCAUGUCUAAUAACCAAAACAAUUCUAUUCUUUUAAAGCUUAGGGCAGAUAUUAGUCAAGUAUUACCCAAGAGGGUUAACAAAAGAUCGUUGUUACCGUUUAUAGGCACAGCCUUAAACACUUUGUUUGGUGUAGCUACUGAUGGUGAUGUAGAUAAAGAUAGGGCUAGAAUAGAAAAAUUAGAGUUAUGGGCCGCGGAACGAGGUACCAUCAUGACUAAGGUCAUUGAUGCAACUAACAAGAACCAAGAUUUGAUUGUUAAACUAAAGGACUUUGUAAACAAUAUGGCUCAGAAUAUUACUACAGAGAUAAAUGACUUAAACAAGUCACAGUAUGUGACUCAGUUAUUAUUUGAAACAGAAACCUUUUUGUUGAAUCAUAAGGAACUGCUAAAUGCAGUAAUGUUAGCCGCUAAAAACAUUUUAUCACCAUACCUCAUCAGUCCUAGUGAGUUGCACCUUGUAAUUGAAAAAUGUAUGUUAGAUCAUCACUUCAAACCGCUGGUGCAAGAUGUUCUUACUUACUAUAGCUUGAUUAGUGUAAAGCGGGUUUCUGAUCACAUUGUGUUGGUGAUCCCGUUCAACAAUAAUGAAGUUAAUAACUUAAUUUCCAUUUACCCUUUCCCAAUGCUAGUAAACAACAAGUCAAUUGUUUUGAACCAAGGCAUAGUACAUUUUGCAUUACAACAAAAUUCACUUCUGUUGGUGAAAUUAAGUGAAAAAGAUUUUGAUGAUUGUAUCAUGCUGGAAACUAGGGUAUUUGUUUGUAAUAUACAGGGUUUUUACCAGCCACUUAACAAGUUGUAUUGCAUUGAUGAUUUGAUUAAUGACAGGAAUGGUGAGAAUAACUGUGAGUAUAUCCCUUACAGUCCUGUUUUCAAAGCUCAAAUUUUGUAUGAUGAAAUGGUAGUGUUUUCACAGAAUCAAGUAACAGCUAAGGUCACUUGUAGGAAUAAUCAAUCUCAGAUAAUAUUUAACAACAUAAAAUCCUUUGUGACAUCUUGUGAAGUAGUUAUUUUGAAUUAUUUGUACUACAAGCCUACCAUUUUUGCUUCUUAUACCUUAAAUUUAUCUAGCCAUAUCAAUAAUUUUGAUAAUGUCAAGGAUUUCAAAUUAUCCAAACUUGAAUUAGAGUCAUUUGACAAACUUGAAGCAGCUAAUCAAUUUUUCCAUAUGUACAAAACUGACAUUUCCCCUAUCAUGUCCAUGAUAAAUAUUGUUUUGUUAGCACUCACCAUAGUUGCUUUCAUAUGUAUUGUCAGAGUGUUAGUUGUUAACAAACUCAACACCAUUAAGUCUUUACUGAAAAAUUUGCCUUCAAGUAACUAAUAUACUAGCA